CACUUUCUAAAGUCGAUUUUGUAGAAAACGUGUGUUACUUUUCACUGUACUUGUAAGUCCGAAUGUUGUGUAUAUUUUAAAAAAUGGUGCAUUUAACUUCAGUAAAUUUUCUUCGAGUGUGGGGAAGAAUUAAAGGAAGGAGUUCUUUUUUCAAGAAACAACAAAUUUUUCGCUUAUCUGCAAAAUUUUAUGGAAGGAAACGAAAUUGCUAUUCUAUUGCUAUCAAAUACGUUCAUAAAGCACUGCUUCAUUCUGCAGUUGGACGAAAACUAAGGAUACAGAACCAUAUUGCGAUCUGGAAACAACGCUUAGAAGCAGGAUGCCAAGAAUUUGGUUAUGACUAUGGAACAUUGUUACAGGGAAUGAUAAAGAGUGAUAUUGUAUUAAAUAGAAAGAUGCUAUCAGAGUUAGCAAUUUGGGAACCCAGAACAUUUAAGGCAUUAGUAUCAAUUGCUGCAACUAAAAAAUUUUCAGAAGAUUCAAAACGAGGAUUAAAUGAACUUAAACCACCGCCAGAUGGUGUCAUAACUCGUGGCAUGCUAUAAACUAGGAAAGUAAUGAGUAAUAUGUUGUUAAAAUAUCAAUAAAUAUUUUCAGCAGUGCACAUUUGUCUAUGUAAUUUGUUAAAUAGAUUAAU